AUGGAAGAGGACCCAAUUCCUUCCUCUGACGCCCCCAAUGCGUCUGUCCGCCGUGGAGAUGCCUCAAACUCCCGGCGUCUACGAGGCACAGCUGCGACGUCCCCACCGACGCCUUUCGCACAACCUCCGGACGUCCCAUUCUGCCACCGAGUGAUGGAAGCGCCCCCGUGCGACCUGGCACUCCCCACGGAGAUGCGUCGCCUGGCCACCAGCUCUCCUGGCCCGACUUUGGAGCAUUUCUACUGGCCACUGACAACGCCCGGAUGCGCCCGCAUGGUCUUCGAGGGUUACGUCCCCUCGACGCCCCAUAGACGCCACGCUGAAGGAAUGGGAACCCUCCUACCUCAUGUGGAGGCCCCAGUGAAGCCCUGCCAGUCACGCACGCACUACCCGCAAUAAAGGUUGACGCACUUGAGAUAAUUGUGUUGUGGCUUUUACCCCCAAAUGUCCUGAUCGUCCUGACGGUACCCCAAUCUCGUUACACUGGUGUCAGGUGUGGGGUAGUGACCGCUCGCCCGUACAGGCGGUCAGGACAUCGCCAAGACGCCACCCACGCACACACUUCAGGACACCCGCAGCAUUUGUCUUCGUGGGACUUUGAGACACGCAAAACAUCUCGGAUUGAUGCCUAAAUUGUUGGCCGGGACGGCCAAUUCUCACGCGGGAGCAGUGUUACGUGAGGCACCAAAGUCCCAACGGUUCCUGUUGGAUGUGAGAAGUGGGGAUCGGCGAUAAAAGAGUGCACCAUGCUAAACGGUGCCUCUUUGUGCCAAGUGAGAGUGCCGAGUACACAAUUGCCGUGCCGUGUGUGCCACUGUGGGGGCUGUGGAAGCGCCCCCGUGCUUUGUGCCCAUGGAAGAGGACCCAAUUCCUUCCUCUGACGCCCCCAAUGCGUCUGUCCGCCGUGGAGAUGCCUCAAACUCCCGGCGUCUACGAGGCACAGCUGCGACGUCCCCACCGACGCCUUUCGCACAACCUCCGGACGUCCCAUUCUGCCACCGAGUGAUGGAAGCGCCCCCGUGCGACCUGGCACUCCCCACGGAGAUGCGUCGCCUGGCCACCAGCUCUCCUGGCCCGACUUUGGAGCAUUUCUACUGGCCACUGACAACGCCCGGAUGCGCCCGCAUGGUCUUCGAGGGUUACGUCCCCUCGACGCCCCAUAGACGCCACGCUGAAGGAAUGGGAACCCUCCUACCUCAUGUGGAGGCCCCAGUGAAGCCCUGCCAGUCACGCACGCACGUAAGUCGCCUCUCAGUAAUUUACGCCCUUCCGGCAUUUGGCGAGUGAGACGGCGCGAUUAGAGGAGAAUUUGAAUAAAUGACCGUUGGACAGUACCCGCAAUAAAGGUUGACGCACUUGA